AUGUCAGAUGUGCUAUUGCCAAGCCUGAAGGUACAAAUGCAGAAACUACGGAUUCAUCUAUCAGAUUCCAACAUCUCCUUGAGUCCCGGGCCUCCAUCUGCUGCAUCUACACCUCUGAAACAAAACAACAAAGAACCACCUUUGAACAAAAAGUUAAAACCGAAGAACACUAAAAUCCUCAUCAUCAACUUUCAGAGUGUAAAGAAUAAAAAAUCUGAAAUUGGUAACCUCAUUGAUUCAUCAAACCCAAAUAUCAUUAUUGGCACCGAAACCUGGCUGCGAAAAGACAUCUGCAGCUCUGAGAUCUUCCCAGACGGAUUCAAUGUCUACAGAAAAGACAGGAGGGAUGGUUAUGGAGGUGUGCUGGUUGCUGUAAGGUCCAACUACAUCAGUGAAGAAGUGAAUCCAGACAACGAAAAUGAUACAGAAUCCAUUUUUGUGAAAAUUUCACUACAAAACAACAAAUCACUGAUAGUUGGUAGUAUGUAUCGUCCACCCAGCAGUGAUUUGGCAUACAUGGAGGACCUAAAGCAACAAGUGGACCAACUGAAGAAGAAAUAUAAAGGAGCUGUCUUCUGGAUAGGCGCUGACAUCAACCUACCAGACAUCCAAUGGACAACACAGACUGUAGACAACCACCACUACCCAACAUCGGUGAAUAAGAAAUUCCUAGACUUAAUUCAUGACAACCAUCUGGAACAAAUAGUCUCGUUUCCAACUAGAAAAGAUCGUGUUUUAGACUUGUUCCUGACCAAUAGACCAUCAUUGGUCAAUAGAUGCGAGCCUCUACCAGGAAUCAGUGAUCAUGACAUUGUCUACAUAGACACAGACAUCACAGCAAAGAUAAACAAGCCUACCCAGCGCAAAAUAUACUUGUGGAAAAAGGCGGAUAACACCAAACUGGAAGAACUGACGAGAAGCAUGAACACCAAUUUCCACUCAAUAUUCCACCCAAUGAGCCCUAUCCAGGAAAUGUGGGAUUUCAUUAAAAAGAACCUACUAAAUAUUUUAGAGGAGAGUGUACCAUCAAAACUCUCGUCAACCAGAUUUCACCAGGCAUGGAUAACGAGAGAUAUUAAGAGAUUAUCAAGACGAAAGAAAAGGAGCUUCAUCAAAGCACGUAACACCAACAAUAAGGCCGACAUCAAAAGAUACCAACGCCUAAAAAAACUGACAGAAAAAGAGUGUAAAACAGCCUAUAAGAACUACAUCGAGGACAUGAUCAGCCCUGAGCUAACAAACAACCCAAAGCGAUUCUGGAGCUUCAUAAAGAGCAAACGAUGUGAAACAAUAGGAGUUGCUCCACUCAGAGACACAGAUGGCUUAACUUACUCAGACGGGAAGUCCAAAGCAAACAUCUUAAACCAACAGUUCUCCUCAGUCUUUAACAGUGAUGAAGAUGUAAGUACCAUUCCAGAUAAAAGGCCAAGUCCACACCCUGCCAUGGAUAACAUCACAAUGACAGAGAACGGAGUGUGUAAACUGCUACUAGUCAUAUGCAAGAUCCUAGAGCACAUAAUAUGCAGUAGCAUCUCCAAACAUCUGGAAAAACUUGGACUUCUCACUGAUGCCCAGCAUGGAUUUCGAAAGAACAGAUCAUGCGAGUCCCAAUUGAUCCUGACAGUCCAGGACCUAGCCAAGAGUAUGGAUCUCGGGAAACAGACAGACCUUAUCCUUUUGGACUUCUCCAAAGCCUUCGAUAAGGUCCCCCACGAGCGAUUACUAUACAAGGCAAUGUAUUACGGAGUAAGAGGGUCCACACUCCAAUGGAUUAGGGACUUCCUCAGUGGAAGGAACCAGCGAGUAAUAGUUGAUGGGAAGAGCUCCAACAAUGCCCCCGUCCAGUCAGGAGUCCCUCAAGGGAGCGUUCUUGGUCCGCUGAUGUUCCUCCUCUUCAUAAAUGACCUCCCAGAAUAUGUCCAUCACUCCAAUGUUAGACUUUUCGCUGAUGAUUGCGUACUCUAUCGUAAUAUCUGUACCAACACAGACACUAUUAAACUACAAGAAGAUCUCAAUAGUUUACUACAGUGGGAAACAGACUGGCAGAUGGAGUUCCACCCCAGCAAAUGCCAACUGCUGAGAGUCACCAACAAACGAAAACCUGUGACCAACUCUUACAACAUCCGUGGACACAGGUUAGAAGUCGUGGACUCUGCCAAAUACCUCGGGGUUACCAUCCACAAGAACCUCAGAUGGAACGAACACAUCGAUAACAUCACGAAGAAAGCAAAUUCCACCAGAGCUUUCAUUCAACGCAACUUGCAGCACUGCCCACGUAAUACCAAGGCAGCAUGCUAUACAACGCUGGUAAGACCCUUAGUGGAGUAUGCAUGUACUGUGUGGGACCCACACACAGCCCUUAACAUCCAGAAACUGGAGGCAGUACAACGACGAUCGGCUCGAUUUGUGAUGAACAACUACUCACAUACUAGCAGUGUAACAUCAAUGCUUGAAAUUCUCCAGUGGACAUCCUUGGAAGAACGUCGAGCCAGAAACAAAGCUAUAAUGAUGUACAGGAUAGUGCAUGGACUAGUAGCUAUUCCAACAACUGAGCUACACCCAAUGAUGACUUCAGCCAGAGGCCACACAAACAGAUUCCUGAUUCCCUAUGCUAGGACCUUAUUAUAUAAGCAUUCCUUCUUCCCAGACAGUAUCAGGAUAUGGAACAAUUUGCCACAGAGAGCAGUGGACAGUACCUCCCUGGAUGUAUUCCGACAGGAGGUCCUGGCAUGCAGUCUACGUUAG